UCUCCAGAUCUGUGCAUGCACCAAAUUCAUUUAGAAGACGAUUCCAAAUCGUCAGUGGAACAACAAAGGAAGCUAAACCCGAACUUAAAGGAAGUUGUUAAGAAGGAAAUUAUCAAACUUCUAGAUGCUGGAGUCAUCUACCCAAUAUCGGAUAGUAACUGGGUGAGCCCUAUGCAUGUUGUGCCUAAGAAAUGUUGAAUUACAGUGGUGAAGAAUGAUAAAAACGAACUCAUUCCUACGAGAACUGUCACCGAACAUCGUGUAUCGAUUAUAGGAAAUUAAACGCCGCCACCAGAAAAGAUCACUUCCCUUUGCCCUUCAUUGAUCAAAUGUUGGAAAUAUUGGGAAAUCACCAAUAUUACUGUUUUCUUGACGGAUACUAUGGAUUUUUCCAAAUACCUAUACACCCUGACGAUCAAGAAAAGACCACCUUUACAUGCCCUUACGGAACAUUCACAUAUCGCAGAAUGCAAUUCGGUCUUUGUAAUGCCCCUGCCACUUUCCAACGAUGCAUGAUGUCAAUCUGUACGGAUAUGAUAGAAGAUUUCAUGGAAGUCUUCAUGGAAGAUUUCUCAGUUUAUGGAUCCAGUUUCAAAAACUGCCUCGAUAACCUGUGUAAAGUUUGGCAAGGUGUGAAGAAAAGAACCCCGUUCUGAAUUGGGAAAUAAAUGCCACUUCAUGGUUAACGAUGGAAUCAUUCUAGGACACAAAGUAUCUGCUGCUGGUAUAGAAGUAGAUCGAGAAAAAAUUGAGGUAAUGACUGGUUUGCCUGCGCCCACGAACGUAAAAGAUGUGAGAAGUUUUCUCGGGCAUGCCAGAUUUUAUAGGAGGGUUAACAAGAUUUCAGCAAAACUAGACCACUCACAGCCCUCCGAUGCAAAGAACUUAAAUUUUACUUCACACCAGAAUUCGUAAAGGCUUUUGAAGAAACAAAGAAGGCCUUAAUAACUGCCCCCAUCGUACAAGCACCUGACUGGAACCUUCCUUUCGAAAUUAUGUGCAACGCGAGCGAUUUUGCUGUGGGAGCAGUUCUAGGCCAAAAGAAAGACAAAGAGCUACACGCUGUCUACUAUGCCAGUCGAACUCUCGAUGAGGCACAAAAGAAUUAUGCAACAACGGAAAAAGAACUACUUGCUGUAGUUUAUGCAUUUGAAAAAUUAUGUGAAUACCAAGUCGGUUCGCGAGUUAUUGUUCAUACAGACCACACUGCGAUAAAAUAUUUAAUGCAGAAGAAGGACGCGAAAUCACGACUCUUGCGAUGGAUCCUGCUACUCCAGGAAUUCGACAUAGAAAUUAAAGACAAAAGGGGAGUGGAAAACAGAGUCGCAGACCACCUUUCCCGGAUACAAAUAGAGGAUGACGUCCCUAUCGACGAUUUCUUUCCGAUGGAGAAGGUUUACCAAACAGAUUCAUCAUUCAUCGGUGACAUAUGUCUCACAUCCGAGAAGCCAUGGAUUGACACCAAAGAUGCUAUGUCGAUCGACACUCCCGACGAUCAAACCCAAGACACUUCCCCCACGACCAUUACUUUCAAUAUAAAAGUCAGCGUCGUCUGCAACACCUUUCAUCCUGAACAUGACUCUCUCGUAGACAAAAUUUUCGGUCGAAAGGUGCACUUAGUCGAAAGAAGUUUAAAAGAUAGACCUUGGUACACUGACAUAGUGAACUAUCUAGCUGUUGACGUAGAACCCGAAGAGCUAAGAGGUUACACAAGAAAGAUUUUUUUAGAGAAGUUAGGAGAUAUCAUUGGGACUAACCAUAUCUCUACAAACAUUUCUCUUACUGGAUAUAUAGACGUUGUAUUGCCGAAACUGAAAUCCCAGAUAUCUUAUACCAAUGCCAUGGGUCCGACUAUGGUGGACAUUAUGCAACCUUUAAACGGUAUCAAAAAAUUUUCAAGCUGGAUUUUGGUGGCCAACCAUAUUUCGUGAUACUCAUGCAUUCACAGCACAUUGCCACAGAUGCCAACGAAGAGGAUAAAUCAGCAAAAGGCACAAAAUGGAACAAAAGUCUACUCUAGAAGUAGAAAUCUUUGAUUUCUGGGGGAUAGACUUAAUGGGUCCUUUUCCUUCCUUAUACGGGAACAAGUAUAUUCUUGUUUCUGUUGAUUAUGUUUCCAAAUGGAUCGAAGCAAUAGCUUCCCCAAAAAAUGAUGCAUCUGUAGUUAUUAAACUUUUCAAGAGCAUUAUUUUUCUAAGAUUUGGAGUUCCUAAAGUAGUCAUAAGCAAUGGUGUCUCCCAUUUUAUUAACAAAGUUUUUGACGGAUUACUCCGAAAGAACGGAGUUCACCGCAGAGUUGCUACACCCUCCCAUCUGCAAAUAAGUGGACAAGUAGAAGUCUCAAAUCGACAGAUCAAAGAAAUCUUAGAAAAGACCGUCAGCACUUCUAGGAAAGAUUUGUCUAGGAAACUGGACAAUGCACUCUGGGCUUACCGGAUUGUAUUCAAAACUCCAUUAAGAACAACCCCAUUUCACCUACUCUAUGGAAAAUCCUGUCACUUACCGGUUGUGCUAGAACACAAGGCAGCAUGGGCUAUAAAAUUAUUAAAUUUCGACAUCAAACCAGCUGCCGAAAGGAGACUCAUGCAGCUUAACGAGCUGGACGAAAUAAGACACUUAGCCUAUGAGCGCUCAAAGAUAUAUAAAGAGAAGACAAACGCAUAUCACGAUAAAAAGAUCAUCUCCAUGCACUUUGACCAAAUUAUCAAGUGCUGUUAUAUAACUCUCGGCUUACGCUGUUUCCUGGAAAACUCCGAUCUCGUUGGUCAGGUCCCUUCACUGUUGUGGAUGUCAAACCUUACAGAGCUUUUACACUUAUAAAUGAUAAAGGAGAAUAAUUCACAGUGAAUAGUCAACGAGUAAAACAUUAUUUGGCUAAACCGCCAAUUAGGCCUUUAAACUUUGGCCUUCUGCCUGAUAAUUAAACAGAUCGAACUUCGAGUCAAGCUCCAGACUGAAAAUAAGCGCUGAAUGGGAGGCAACCCAUAUCUAUUUUUAGAAAUUUUAGGAUUUAGUUUAAAUAAGAAAAACGAUUCUCGGGAAAACAUAACAGCUGUUGAUCGACGAGGAAAUUUCCUCAUCGAUCAUCGAUCGUCGGGACAUGAAAAACUGCAGGCUCAUUUAAGUCGACAUUAAGUCGACACUCAAACCGACACAAAACUCUUCGAAACGACCUCCACUCUUUGUCUCUCUCAUAUCUCGACCAAAUCAGAUGAUUUAUUGAACUCAAUCCACUCGAUUUUCAAUGCCCCAUCCGUUUAAUUCACUUAAUCAACAAAUACACAUGGUAUAUAAGUAUGUUACUAUAUAUCUACUAUAUAUUCUAUCCUAUUAGGUAUGUUUUCAGGUUCAAAAGUAUCUUGGAGUAAAGUGAUAAUUAUGGAGCAUUUAGGAGCUUAAAAUUGAUUUCAUCCGAGCUGAUCAUUAGAGGUCGAUAAGAAAAAGACACAAUCGAUCGAUGCACAUCCAGUGUCGUCGAUCGAUACAGAAGAGAAGCCUCGACGAUUGAAGAUUGAGAUCGAUCAAUGUACAUCCUGUACCAUCGCUCGAUGUCGAGACGCGGAAGCACGACUUUGUUCCAGCCGACUUUAAACCCAAGACUUCACCAAAUUACAAGAUUACCCCUAACGAGUUUUUAACCUAAUAGAUAUAUAUUUGCCUAAGUGUUAGGAGACAGAGGAGCUUGAAGCCACCUUUGUAUAAUUUUAUUUUCAGCAGAGAGUUUUAGGAGAGAAGAUCAUAGAGAGAUUUGUGAUUGGAACUCCAUUGAUCAUCUAUUCUAUUCUAUGCAGUUUUUAUUUACAUUUUGUGUCAUGAAUUGCUUAGCUAUGUCUGAGUAGUUUACUUGUUAGAUUCAGGGUUCAAAUAGGUUAGAUGGAUUAGCCCCAACUAUAGAUUGCUAGGUUGUGGUAUUCAUUGAUUGAUUGUUCUUAAUGCUUGUUCUAGAUUAGCUACCUAGAAUAUUGAAUCUAGGAAUCUGCAUGAGUCAAGCAUCCUUGACCAUCCAGUCCUGAACCUAAUCUGUCAUACUAGACAACUGGAAAAAGGCUACCGCUGAACUAGGAAGCUAGUGAGCAUUAUCAACUUACGCCUAAGGCUUAACUAGAAGCAUCAAUUGAUACUGUCUUCUGACAAUCGAUCGAUAUUUGUGAAAGGUGUAUCGAUCGAUAUCCCUAUAAGACCAUUGAUCGACACUUUCUUAUGAUCAAUAUACUACAGUUGAGAUCAAAGAUCUAGUUAGUUAACCAGUGAAACAUUACCAUCGCUGAUCACUGUGUCUAAGGGGUGGAGCUCUAAUAUAUCAUGCAUGCAACUGAUAGACAUCUAUAGGAUUAUAAUCUCCAACACCUGAAUAGAAACCCUGCAUCUAAUUCCUUUCCAAUAAGUUACACCCCCAAAUCAUCUGUUAGUCGAGGAAUAGACUUUCUCAAUUAGGAUUGCUAUUUACUUUAAAACCAUAAAACAAUAAAUAUUGGAUUUAAUAGGUUCCCUAGCUCCUUGUAUAUUCGAUCCCUAAGUACUAUAAUUGAACCUCUUAUUUGAGAGAGUAAUUCUUUCCUUAGGGUAAUUUGGGUGGUAUCAGUAUUAAGUCGAAAAUUUCUAAACUUUUCAUUCAUGUUAGGGUUAAGUUAGAAGAUGAACUAGAAGCGGGAUCUUAGGGCUUAUAUAGAUUGAUUUGUGCUGAUGGUACGAUAGAAUAGGGAUUAUGGAUCGAUUAUCAAUAAUUACUAUGCAAUGCAAUCCGAAUUUGUGUUGAUUGGGGUUUUACAGGUUUUCGCGAUGGAAAUCGAUCGAUGAUACUCACUUUCAUCAAUCAAUUUUACCGCUGAUAUAUCAAUCGAUAUCGACACAUAAUUAUCGAUCGAUAUCGAGCACUGAACUAUUACGAUUUGCUGAUUUUGUAUCCUUGUUUGUGAACUUUGGUUGCAGAUGAAUGAAAGGAGAAUGAAGAGGCGAUUCGAUAGAGACGCCACCAGCGCUGCUCCCCCAUCACCGGUUCGCGACCAACACCCUUGGCCACGAGAGCGGGAGAACGACCCCAUCCCCCUCUUUGAUCACUUCACUGACCCUCGUGCUGCGGCCAAAAGCUUGGAAUGCAAGAACCGUGCGAUCAGGGACGAGUGGGACGACUAUGACAGCAUAUUCUACAAUGAGUGCAUAUUCUACAACGACCCCUGCCGACGCGAGAGUUGUUAGAUUAUUGUUAUUGUUUGAGUUCUAUAAUAUCUUUAAAGAAACAGUUAGCCUCCAUAUCAUUACAAUCCUGAUUACAUGAAUUGAAACCCUAGAUCUAGCAACCAUCCUUCCAUCAAACAACUCCCUGCCAAGCUGAACAAUUGUCUUGUUCAACUUGUUUACUGCUUUGCUAUAUUUAUUUACUACUUUAAAACUAUUAGCCUAGCUUAAUCAUUAACUGUUUAGAUCUAAUUAGUUCCCUAGCUCCCUGUGAAUUCGAUCCCUAAGUACUACAACUAGACUCUUAUUUGAGAGAGUAUGAAUCACUCAUUAGGGUAAUUUCAGUGGUAUCAUAAAGACUAUUACAUGACAAGCUCAUCGCAAGGGAUCAUUCAAUCCAUUGAACAAACAAUUCUGAAGCAUCGGAAGAACCGAACCAGCAUCAUCCGACCCGCCAUCGGGCGAGUUGGAUGAACCACUCCCAACUCGCCCAACGGCGAGUUGGAUCAGUCCAAUACCAUUUCUUACGAAAAAUCGGCCCAAAGUCACUAUGACGGUUUAUCGAAUAUUCGUGAGAAGAGAAAAGUCAAGUUGGAAGAUAAAUGUCAAGUUCGGAGAUAAAUGUCAAGUUUCAAAGGAUAAUCAUGAAGAUUGGAAAAAAUGGAAUAUUUCCGCGAGAAGAUAAACUCGACCCAAACCGAGCUAGAAGGCGCAACGAGAGAACUUUACACAGAGAAAAUUUAGUACUGAGAGCAAUUUAGGUAUUUUUCCAUUUUUGUUAUCAAGAUGCGACUCAAUUAGGCUUUCAGUCUUAGGCAUUAGAACUAGGAACUCGCCAAUAUACAACCUUAGCUUCUAUACUAUUAUAAUCCGGAUUACCUGAAUAGAAACCCUAAGACUAACGCUUUCUCAUAUCGUUUACAAAUCUCAAAACCAACCAACUGAACUACUGUCUUGUUCACCCUGCAAUUUAUUAUUUACAUUUUAAACCUAUCUUAAUCACAAAAUGUUUAGAUAUAUUGUGUGCCCUAGUUCUUUGUGGGUUUGAUCCUUAAGUACUGCAAUUGAACCUGCUAUUUUAGAGAGUAAAUCACUCUUUAUGGUAAUUUGAGUAAUAUUAGAAGACAAUCCAUCAUUAAACGGUAUUGGCAAUGAUAAAUGAAAGAAAAGGCCGCGGGUGGAAGUGGUGGAAGUGAUGAAAGUAAAGUAUAGCAUACAUAAGUAUGUAUUAGAAUUAUGGUGGUUGCAUAUGUUGAUGAUGUCUUUCGUGAUGAUUGUUAUUUUGGGGUUUGUGGUGAAUUCAUUACGGGGGUAGUGGCAACAAAACUCACUGAGAAAAUUAGAUGGUUGUUUUUCUGGUAACCAUUAGGUGUCUUCUCGUACUGGAGGAGCUUAGGCUGAGAUGAUGUAGAGUUAUUCCGUUUUUAAAAUGCAAGUAUAUGUUUAGUAUAUAUGGUAAUGUUUUGAGCGCUGAUUUCCCAGCUGGACCUAUAUCUGUCUUGGGGUUACAUGUGAAAAUUAAUAAUAUAUCAAUAAAUAGAUUUUAUGAUAAGUUUCGUAUGAUAGUUGGUCUUGGUCUGUAACAAACUAACUACUGAAUUUAUCUCGGGUUGACAAGCCUUGACUAUGUUCACUAGGAGAUGUGUGCUUGGACGUUGAUAUGGGGUCUCUGGAUUUGUUUUGAGAACCUCAUUUAGAUAUCUAUGCGCAUGUCUGUGGCAUCUUCAAUAUGAUUCGGUUUUAGUGAUUGUUCGUGGAUGUUCUUGUUUGGUUGUUGUACGGCUAAACAAGUCAACUUUGACCUAGACCAAAUUGGGGGUGUUACACUCAUUGUUUGGAAUCUUGAUUACAUCUUGAGAUUCCAUUUGGGGGUUGAUUCACACCCUUUGAGCCUUCAUUUGGGACCCGAGGGUUCCUAAAAAGGCCAAUCAUGAAUAAAUGGGCGUAAAUGGGAAUCUUUAUGUUUAUUUUUAUCAUGAUUGAAUCGAAUAACAAGUCAGAGAAUAUACACCAGAUCGAAAAAUCAAGGCCACAUCUGAAAGAAGAGGAUUUAGAGAGCUCAUUUAAUCUGCAAAAGAGAGAACUGAAAUACAACAGUGAAAGUUGUUCUCUAUAUAUAGUGAUUUGAUGUUGUAUACGAGGCGACACAAUCAUUAGGUUUAAUAACCUAAAAAGGCUGCCCAUUUCUUAAGUAGACUGAGUCAAGGUUCAGUCUGGUCCAAUCUAGCCAGAACAAACCGAUGCUCAAAGCAGUUUAUCUUGAAUACAAGUUCAGAAAAGGAAUGGGCAGAUAAAUCUACGUAAAUCUUUUCGGUCGGCUGAAUUGGAAAUUCAUCCUAACUAACUUAUAUUAGUCCAUUCAUAAAAGCCCUACGAAUGGAGUUUCAAAGGCGUAAAAAUGAAGGAAAACGGCAAAGCGGAUGAGUGUUUCGAUAAUGACUGUCAGGUUCUCCAACCUUCUGCGAUGAGUUUUUUAAGUAAUUUCUUAGUUCUUGUGGACUGACUAAGAAAUGAUAUUUUAUCAUUUAAGACUGCUUGCUCUGCCAUGUAGUUUUGAAAUUUUUGAACUGGACCGCCGACUUUGCUCUCAUUUCGGCCUCGACCUUGGCAACACAUUCCACACAAGACAGACGUAUUCGAAUUCUGUCAGACAUGAAAGUAAGAAUAACUCCGUUUCGGCAGUAAUAGAAGCAACUCCCUCCAUAUCAGCAUUCUGUUCAGCAACAGUUUUAUUCUUCUCUAUGGCCAUCUUCUUGUCACGCUCCCUUAAAAGAUUCAUUUUGCCAAUAAACGCUGAGAAGAAAUUACCUCUAUUUAUGUUGUUUGUUUCUGCGGAUUUACAUCUCUCCUUGUUUCUGCUGAUUUAACCUAGUUUUCAUAAAGUUUCAUACGAUUCUCUUGUAAUCGUCUUUUUGAUCAUCAAUAAACGUCUUUCAAAUAAUAUGUCAUCGAAUUUUUUCAUACUUCCAAUAUGUGCCAAAUUAUGAUCCAACAUUAAACAUACCAAAUAAUUAGUUUAUUGAGAUUAAUUUUGAGAAUUUGAGUUCAAAUUUUUUUCUUAUAAACUCGAAUAGCAAAAGGUUGUUUGAUGAAAAAAAACUAUUAUUAUUAUAUCAUAUUAAACUAUAUUUUCUGUUAUGAACUGUAUCUGCAUUAUUUAUUAGAUUUUUAUUAUUUAAACAUUUUAUUUUAUUGUAUAUAUGUUCUUAACACUCCUAAUUUCAAAAUACAUUUAAGAAUUUGGUUUCCAUUUAUAAUGUUUCCACUUUAUUACAUUGAUAUUUUAAUUUUAUGAAGUUUUUUAGUAUAGAAACACUAUAUGGUUUUUAGAGCCUGGAGAAGCAAAACAGACAGCAGACUGUAUAAGUUUGGGUAUUUUCACAUGUUCCUUCAAAUUUAGAUAUUUUCCCAAUUCAUUCACUUUUCAUAAACAUGGAUCAUCUUUUUGGCGAGUAUCUCGCAACUGGAAGACCAUCAAUACGCCUGGAUUUUAUGGUACAUUAAGAAAUCACGAAAUACAAAAAAAAAUUAGUUAUUUGGAUGUAGAUCCCAGAGACACUCUUAAUUUGGCAGAGACAGAAUCAGUCCUACGGACAGAGGCUCAAGAGGCAAUUGUACAGAGGAUUGAUAGCUCUAGAGAGUUUUAUGGAUUUGACUUUACCUUCUAUCUCAGGAAGAUGGUGUUUUACUGAUGGAUCAUGGAAAUAACAUGAUAAUUUCUGGGGACAAGGUUGGAAUAGUACACUUGGUUUUGAUGGUUUGAUGGGAGCAAGGAAUACUAGGUCUAGUCUCUCACCAUUACAUUUGGAGAUAGAGGCUUUGAUUUGGGCAAUGAAAUGUAUGAGGAACUUAUGAAGAAUUAUUUUUAAUUGGUGAAGAUGGUUUCAGAACCAAAUGAUUGGCGAGUGUUUCCAAGCAAUCUAGAAGAUAUGAAGAACCUCAAAGCAAGUUUCACAUACUCGGUGCUUAUCCGUAUCCCAAGAACUCAAAAUAAAACAGCGGACAAGCUCGCAGAAGGUGCAAGAAAGCAACUGUUAUUUAUCGUUCACAUGGAUAUAUAAUACCAGUUUGGUUGAUAAAGUCUAUGUGAGUCUGUUCAUGUUGAUGACAAAAAAAAAAGAUUGUAUAUACUUUGGUAAAGAUUUAUGUUUGUUGGUUACUUUAUUCUGAUAUAGAUUCACAACACAAUUCUUGUUUCAAAUUAUGUCACAAAAAUGACUAUAUAAAAUUGUGUUCCUGAGGGGGAAACGGUAAUUUAAUACCAAACAUAUCGCGAUAUGUUCAAUUCAUAGCCGAUUUAUAUGGUCGUGAUAAAACAUACCUGAACUUUCAAAACGUUCAAAUAACAUAUCUAAUUUUUAUUUUAUUUUUAAAUGUAUAUGUGGCAUCCCCGUGAGCAAAAUUAGCUAACAUAGCAUCUAAAUCAGCAAAAUUAGAUGAUGUGGCGACUGAUGUAUGCUUUGACUUAGGAAAUAAACAUUAGAUAUGUUAUUUGAUUUUUUUGAAAGUUUAGGAAUGUUUUAACACUAAAAUAUAAGUCGGAUAUGAAUUGAACAUAGUGUAAUAUGUUGGGUAUAAAAUGACCGUUUUCUCGUUCCUGAGGCAUGCGGGCGUAAUUUUUUUUUCUUUUUUUUUUUCCUCUCUAAGCUCUAGAACAAAUUCUUCUUAUUUUGCAAAUUUUAAUACGUAGUCGUCCUACACGAGUGCUCAUCAUUUCUUAAUUUAUGCAUAAUUAAUGUUUUUUAUGAGAUAGAUGGCGAUUCACUUUUUCUUUCCAUAUUAUUGUAGAUUUAACUUUAACCAAGAAAUUCCCUUAUCCAUAUCUGAUAUAAUACCAGACCAAAUACAUGUUCUAAAUUUGAAUCCCAAAUAUGCUGCUAGAAUCAGGUGACACGACUGAACUGUAGUAUAUUGUGGGAACAAAUUAUUUUAUGAGUAAUUUUAUUGGUUAAGAACUAAACAAUAGAGUAUCUCCAAUAAUACUUUAUUUUCUUCUCUAAACAUCAAAUAUAGAAUAAAAAUCAAUCAAAUGUAACAUUACUACACUAAUAUAGAAUAAUGAACAAUAUUCCUCCAAAUAUAUAGUAACAAUGUUCAUUUACUCUAGUUUUAAGUGAAAAUUUUUCUUUACAAAAUGAUUCUUAUAAGUUUUUAUUUUUCUCCUUUUUGAUAAAUGAAUUUUCAUUUUCUACCAAAUGGAACUAUAUAGUGUAACUUUCACAUUUAAAUACCAUGUUUAGUAUGCCAUUUGUUUUAAAUUAUUUGUUGUAAGAAAAACUUAAUUUCAAAAUAAUCAUUUAUUAGUAUGAAUAGAUUAAUUGUGUUAGUAUACUGAUAAAAUGAAAAAGUGAAAUUUUUAAUAUUUUAUAAGAUUUAGACUGCAUAAUAAAAUUAAAAAAAAACAAUUUAAAAUAUAAAAUAGAGGUAAUCAUUGAUCAAAAUCUUUUCCUAUUUUUAGAGUACUUUAUUUUUAGAAUUAUAAAUAGAGGCAACUUUUGGAGAUUGUUCAUUUUAUGGUUUUCGUGUCAAGAAUUAUUCUUCUGCCAUAGAAAAAUUUAUAUCUAAGAUAUGGAAACAAUUUCAUAAUUAAGAAGUAUACACUGGUUUAUUCCAAUAUGCUGUACUCUUGGGUUAAAAAUCGAUCAAACAUUACUUUGAUCUUGGGAUUCUUGUCUUCUGUUGCAUAGUAUCACUAAAAAACAAUAUUACUUUAUCAUAAAAUAAGAAAUAUAUUAUAACGUAGAAAUGUUUGAAAACAUUAGAAUAACAAAAAGAAAGGGAAAGAAAGGAUAGGAUAACCAAAGUGGAUGUCCUGAUAAUCAAUAAUGGCAUUAUGCCGCACAUCUAAGAAUAAUUAUUCUAGGAGAGUGUGUUUUGUUGGUUUCCGAUUAAUGUCGUUUGGAAUAAGAAGUGGGAUUUUUAUUCGUUCCCCAAAUGAUAUCAUGUCUUAGUGCUCCAGUAUGACGUAAUAAAAUCCACAUAGCCUUGCACUUAACUUAAUUGUAUAACAACUAAGCACUUUAUCGAGGACCUCAGAGGUUUGAUGGAGUAAAAUCGGUAUGCUACAAUAGCCUUUUAAAGGUAUUUUUUACCAUACAUAUAUAUAUAUAUAUACACGAAAAACCAUUCUAUUAUUCAAAUAAAAAAUAGUUUAAGAAACCAUAUCAAAAUAGAAUAACCAAUAAAACAAAAAAUUCUUAUAAUAAAACGAACAGUUUUAGGUAACAAAUCAACAAUCCUCCAAGCAUUGUUAUUUCUUUCAACCUGUUGAUAAUGUCAUCCAAGCCUAAGGAUCCUUAGCAUUGCUAUCAAAUCUUUGCAAUUUGUUCCAAAAUUCUGUCAUGUAGAAUGAUUUAGCAUUUUUUUUCUAUUGUCCCGCUUAAUUGUUUUAUUUCUGAAUGCAAAGCAGAUUAUCUUUGUCAUUGAUAUCUGAUACACAUAGAUUCGGUUUUGUCAAAAAAAAUCUUUCCAAACUGAUCUAUAAAAACUAAAGAUCGAUGUGGAUGUCCACGAACUAUCUACCAAAUAUAUGUUCUCCAAGCAUAAGGCUUGCGAAUAUAACAAUGAUGUUUAUGUCAAAAUAUCAUUUGGUGCAUUUUCCACGAACCAAGCAUGACAUUCUCGUUCUGUAUAUUUGAUCAGCUCAAGUGGGUCAUUUUCAAUUCCUCUGAAUAAUUUUACAUUUCUACAUUUCUACAUUUCUAGAGAUACCAAAUUAUCCACAAAUAUGGAUAUCUAUCUAUUUCUGGAUCUUCAAUAAUAUUUAUCACCAAAAGAGAUAAUUCAUAUGGGUGUAUAUGCUAAAACAGGGAAAGUGUUUGGAUGAGAUGGUGUCACUAAUAGGUCCCUCGCUUGUAAAUCAAAAGACAUUCAAAACUAUCAUGAAUCGCAAAAUCAUCAUUUUCCCUCAUAUAAGACAUAUAUUAUCGCAUCGUACAUGACGAUGUGUCAAAUUCCUUGUGACCUCCACAUGACGAUGUGUCAAAUUUCUUAUGACCUCCACAUGCCAUGUAAGAUGCACAAUUACUAUGAGGCAAGAAUGAAAGAAAUAAGGAGGAAUGAAGGAAGACGAGAUCACAUUAGUCCUCACCUUGGCUGGCCUUAGACCUGCGAAUGGAAAAGAGGAAGAAGUAGAUCUGCAGCUUAUGAUUUUUAAGCGAGAAUGAAAGAAAGAAGAGUAGAUCACAUCAGUCCUCACCUUGGCCUUAAAUCUGUGAAUGGAAAAGAGAGAGGAAGCAUAUCUGCAGCUUAUGACUUUCCACAAACCAGAUAUACAAAGACAAGAGUAAGUGCUACUACCCUAACAACAGGGAUGAGAGAUCUAAGAGAAAGAACAAGAAACAGAUAAGUAAAAGCAAGAAAUGGGGUUUCUUACCCUCACCGAUGACCAUAUCUCGAAGGAAGACACGACAAAUCUAGGCAAUGAGAGAGAUCGACUAGUUUUCUGGAUCUCUAAUAUAUUGGCUUCGCCUCGACCAGCAUGAGAGCAAUACGCCACAAACAAUGGCUACCUCCUUUCAUGGUGACCAUAACGAAAAUAAGAUAAGAAGAGAAUGAAGAAGAGAAUAAGAAGAACAAGACCUAGAAGAAUAACGAGAAGCAAGCAACUAAAACAUUAAAGUGACAGAGCUUUGCUGUGUUUUUCUUGAUGGGGGCUGCCUUCUUUUAAUAGGAAAAGAUGAAGAAACCUUAGGGCUUACUACAUGGGCCAAAAAUAAAAGAGAAAAGGUUAAAAGGCUUUUGAACAAAACAAGUUAAUUAUUAUUUUUUUUAAACAAAACAAUCCCGAUUUAAGAGAAUUGGGAUGUGACAACUCUCCUGCGCUUAAUAGGGAAUUCACCCCAAAUUUCAGCAGAACCCAGAAUAACUCAGCUGUUAAAAAAAGGAAAUUCUUUGGGUCAUAUGUGUUUGAGUCGUUACUGACCCUCUAGUUUAGGACUAGAAAGUCUUUCAUGGGCUCUAAUACAACUUGUGACAUCCGGACCUAGUGUAACUGAAAAGAUCGGCAAUAUCAGGACACUUGUCUCCAGCCAGAAGGCUCGAAACAAUAUGUCUUUCAACAAAGUAGUGUCGGGGACACCUUGGACAAAAACCAAACAAUUAGAACUGAGCUUGGAAGAGGAAAAGGAAGGACAAACACCAAACAAAGUAGUUUCCAUAACACCGUGAGUUUCACGCCUCUCCUAUUUUCCUGUGAGAACUCACCACCUCAUGUGGUCUUCGUGAGUUCCACGCCUUUACUCGGUCACGCCACAUCAUGUUGUUCCCACCUGAUCCGCGCCACCACAUUCACACGAUCAAGUCGCACCACACUGUCUCCACAUGAUAGUGCUACCACAUGCUUAACUUUACACACAUGCACGUUGCAUGCCCGCUCGGAUGAUGAAUCAUGGCAGCUUAUUUGGUCCCCGCAUGACCCAAGAAACGAUGCAACGCCCGAGAACUCUCAAUCACGUUGCACAAGCAUACAUAGGCCUUAAUCCCUUUUAUAACUCAUAUAUUCUACUCAGACAUACUUAAUCACCACACAAUGCAAACAUCCGCAUACAAGUCUCAAUUAUCAAACAAUCAUAUUCAUUUUAGCAAUCUAUGAGUAAAUCUAGGUGUUCACACAUUACAAUACAAUAUAUAAGUGUAGCAUAUAUAUGAUAUAUUUACUUAUCAAACAAAUACGUGUAUGCUAAUAGAUACCACAUAGGUAUGUAUGAUUUAGAUAAAUACUUCUACAGUGAAAGAUCGCAACAGUCCUCACCUUUAUCUUCGAAUGGAAAAGAGAGAAGAAACAGAUCUACAUCUUAUGACUUUCCACGAACUAAAUUUACAACAACAAGGAUAAGUACUACUAACCAAAGAUUCGGGAUGAGUUAUCGAAUACAAAGAACAAGAAAGAGACAAGUAAAAACAAAAGGUAUGAUAUCUUACCCUCACCGGUCAUCAGAUCUAGAAGGAAAACAAGAUAGACAACGAAAGAGAUAGACUUGUUGGGGAUCACCAUAGCUUGGCUUCGCCUCCACCAGUACGAGAACACUCCGACAGCAAACAACGCUUACCUCUUUUCAUGGUGACUAUAACGAAAAGAGGUGAAGAAAGAGAAAGAAAAAGAAAGGAAAAAGAAAAUGAUCUAGAAAAAUAAAUAGAAAGAG